ACAGUUUAAAGGACUUAACUGAGUUGGGAAUUAGCUGCGACCUCCAACAUGCCGUCCAAGCCUGCCCCGAUCAAGAAGGCGGCCAAGAAAGAACCAGCCAAGAAAGAGGAGAAGGCACCGGAGCCGGCUCCGGCUCCUGCCCCGGAGCCCGCGCCCGCCGAGCCCGCCCCGGCUGAAGCAGAGGCUCCACCAGCUGAGGAGGCUGCCGCUCCAGAGGCUGCUGCUGCUCCAGCCACAGAGGAAGCUGCUCCUGCUGCAGACUCCGAAGCACCCGCUGAUGGUGAAGCUGCACCUGCACCUCCACCAGAAGAACCCAAACCACCCACUCCUCCACCACCCAAAGAGCCUACAAGCGCUCCUGUGGAUCUGUUUGUUGAGGACAAAAACGACAACUCAGUCACCAUCAUUUGGAGCGAGCCUGCAAACGUCGGGGCCUCCGGUCUGGAUGGAUACACAAUUGAAGUCUGCAAGGAUGGAACUGACGACUGGAAGGCAGUGAACGAGAGUCUGCAGAAGUCCAGUCGCUUUGUUAUCAAGAACCUGACCACCGGUGACCACCUGAAYAUCCGCGUGGUGGCUGUGAACGAAGGAGGUCGCAGCCCCCCUGUCACCCUCCCCGAGCCGGUUCUGGUCAAGGAGGUCGCUGACCGUCCCAAGAUCCGUUUGCCUCGUUUCCUCAGGCAGAGGUAUGUCGCUCACGUUGGGGACAAGAUCAACCUGACCAUCCCUUUCUCAGGCAAACCCAAACCUGUGGUCACUUGGACAAAGGGCGGUCAGCCCUUGGACCCAAAGAGGGUGAACAUCCGCAGCACCGAAAGAGACAGCAUCGUGUUCAUCCGUGCGGCCGAGAGAGAUGACUCCGGCGUGUAUGACAUGUCCGUGAAGGUGGAGGGCUUUGAAGACAAGGCCUCGCUCACUCUUCAAAUCGUCGAGCUGCCAGGGCCUCCUUCCAGCCUGAAGAUUGUGGACACCUGGGGCUUCAACGUUGCUCUGGAGUGGACCCCUCCCAACGACAAUGGAAACACUGAGAUCACAGGAUACACAGUCCAGAAGGCCGACAAAAAGACUGGAGACUGGUUCACUGUGUUAGAGCAUUACCACAGACUGAACGCCACCAUCUCUGACCUCAUCAUGGGCAACACCUACAAGUUCAGAGUCUUUUCUGAAAACAAGUGUGGACUGAGUGAGAGUGCUACUGUGGCAAAGGGAGAGGCCAAGAUCUUGAAGACAGGUAUUGAGUACAAACCUCCGGAGUACAAGGAGCGUGACUUCAGUGAGGCGCCCAAGUUUACCACAAACCUGUCCGACAGAACCACCACCGUCGGCUACAGCACCAAGCUGUUAUGCUCUGUCAGGGGAUUUCCUAAGCCCAAGGUUCAGUGGAUGAAGAACCAGAUGAUCAUCGGAGACGACCCCAAGUUCAGGCAGAUCUGCGUCCAGGGAAUUUGUUCCCUGGAGAUCCGAAAGCCCGGUAACUUUGACGGUGGUGUGUACUCCUGCAGAGCCAUGAAUGAUCUCGGAGAAGCAACCAUCAGCUGCAAACUGGAAGUCAAACAGCCUGUGGUUCCAGAAGGAGGGAAAUAGGUGAACUUCUCAAUCGCAGGAAGGUGUUGGAUUCCUGGAAGAACAUGUAUAUAUGGCUGGUGAUCGCACUACAAACGGUUGUAGUCUGUGACCUCAUAACCAGUGUGAAGAUCUUUUAAGAUGAACAAUUGUUGUCGUCYCUUCAUCCCAAAAUCUACAGAAGUCCAUAUCCAUGUCCACAARUUAUUUUAUUUUAUUUUUUCAUUUUUAACUUUUGUUUGCCCGAAACACUCUCAUCGAUAACUGGAAUGCCACAUUCUCUCCUACUUAAACAUCUUGUUAGUCUUACUCAAACGAAUGUACUGUUCCUCAAAAGAGAGCUACAUGUAACAUCUUUGUGUUUAUAUCAAUAAACGAUUUAUUUCUGGU